GUGAAAAUUGUCGUCCUUAAACUUAUAACAGUGUCUUGCUCAUUAAGGGGUACAUUCAAUAGCCUCUUCCAUCCUUAAACUUUGUACUAUAAAGUGUGACAGAAGCUUUAUAAAUACUCAUAUGAGAUGUAAACAUAUCAAAAUCCGAAGAUAGCAAAGAAGCAUCUCAAGAAACACGGCUUAUUCUUCUAUUUUCGUGGUCAAGACCCUAUGUGACCGGCAGCAAUUGGGUUGGAUGUCCAUGAACGACAUCCAUACACAUUUUUAACAUAUCCUCCAUCACCCCUUCUUCGCCCACCGAGGUAUCAAAGGACGAUAUCAUUGACAGCGGUGAUGGCAAUACAACUGAUAGUGAAGACGACGUCGACAAUUUAACACGCAAGAAGGAUGCCGCCCACAAACCUCAAGACAAUAAUAAGGGUCAGGCCAAAAACGCAAGUUUGACGGACCUAUUAUACCUUAUUGCAAACAGAGAGUUUUGCACAUAAUGAAAACUAUUGGCUCAACUGUCGAUCCCGCCAUUGGCAGUUUCUUCGAGCAUCGGUUUGUUACUGCAGCAAUGCAGUAUGAAUUAAUGAUUGACAUAUUUCCAAGCCUCAGUCGAAAAUGCAAUAAAGUGCAGUUACAGUAUUGGGUUGGUCAGUCUAUAGUUUGGGGACCUUUAGAAAAAGCCAGGCUGAAUGGAAAAGUCAAAUACGGGCGAAAUCUUUGGAUUCUGCGAAAAGAAACGCGGGAACAUCUAAUCGAAUUAAACGAUUCCAUGUCAUCAUAUUGGCAGCAUGUUCGAGCAAGUCCCGACGUCCUUAACAUUGGCUAUGCACGAAAGUCAACAACUAAGGAGACUGACAUGUCUCGUUCACACUUGCUGCAGCUAAUGGUCGACAAGUUGCAUUUUCGGCUGAAAUGUCAGGAAGUUUAUGUAAGCCAAUGCUGUGCAGCGAAGGCUCCAAUCUUGAACCCGAGAUUCGCCAUCAAUCCAAACCAUACUCGCAUCGCUAAAAGACUGUCAAGGAGACAUCGCCGAUCUCACUAGUUGUCUAUAUUACUUACAACAAGAUGUACGGCUUGGCAUAAUUGACUAUGCUGGUCUACCAACAUACCCUGAAGACAUCAACGAUUUUUGACAACAUACCCCAACAUUUGUGAAAUUGCAAUUGAUCACGAUAGCAAUAUAGAGAUUGUUCUUCGACAUCAGCUUUUGAAAAACAAUGAAGUCGGAAAGUUUAACUGUCAUCCCGCUCCAGUGCAACGUUCUAAGUGAUAAAAUUUUCAUGAUGCUGCACCAAUAUUGACAUUGUUUAUUAAAGGACAGAACAAGACAUUACUAUGGUAAAAAAAAUAUAAAAUUAAAAGUGUCCCCGUCGAAAAGAUGUGUCCUCGCGUUAAAAAAUGCUUACAAGUCCUUCUUGGACAAAAAUGUU